CUUCCGGGGAGCUCGCUGCUGUUCUAUCGUAAUUCGCUUCCCUUUCCCUGCGCUUACGACCGGGUGGUCUGCUGUACAGAUACCCCCGAAUACGGGCCCCACUCCCGGCUGCUGUGUCCAGGCCCCCACGGCUCUGCUCUCCCCCCACGACCGGCCGCACAUGAAGCGGGCUCCGCCGAUGAGCGCCCUCCGUCUGUGCGACAUCUCCGCUCCUCUCCGGUAGCUUUGCUGCUAACGUUAGCUAACAACAUCGAUCUCUUUGGCUACUCCACCCCCUCUGCUGCUGCUCGACCCCCGCUUCAUCCCUCUCAUCAGCCCUUGAUUGAUAGCUAACAUCGGACCACCGCGGGACUCUUCAUCUUCUAGUUGUAUAUGAACAUUUUUUAAUAUUUCAUUUACGGGACUCGGGAUUUUCAGCGCAACAACCCCAUUUUUCUCUUCUUUCGUGGCCUCCUUAGGGUCUGUAUUUUCUCUACCUCGACGCUUGUACUUCCUCGUUCCUGCUUAUAUUUGCUGUAAACUCUUUAAUAAAACAGCACUGGACUCAUUUGGUUGUGACCAAGAAUUCCACUCUGCUGUCCCCCUCUGUCUCCUUUGGGCUGCAGAAGGAGGCUCGUUUUUUCUCUUCCACCGCACUUUCACACAGACCCCGUUAUUGGUUUGGUGUCUCCAGCCUCUGCCCCGGUGUGUGAAAGUGCCCCCUGAUCCCCCCCUGAGCCCCAGGCACUCGCCAUGCCGGGUCCGGUGGCUGGUAGUAAGUCCCGUGUUUACGCAGAUGUCAAUACGUUGAAAAGCCGGGAGUACUGGGAUUACGAGGCCCACGUACCUAACUGGAACAACCAGGAAGACUACCAGCUGGUUCGAAAACUGGGCAGAGGGAAGUACAGUGAAGUAUUUGAGGCCAUAAACAUCACAAACAAUGAGAAAGUGGUGGUUAAAAUCCUAAAGCCAGUAAAAAAGAAGAAGAUAAAACGAGAGAUCAAAAUCCUAGAAAAUCUGAGAGGAGGAACCAACAUUAUCCGUCUGGUGGACACAGUUAAAGACCCCGUGUCUAGAACUCCAGCUCUCGUCUUUGAAUGCAUCAACAACACAGACUUUAAGGAGCUGUACCAGAAGUUGACAGAUUAUGAUAUCCGUUUCUACAUGUAUGAACUACUGAAGGCUCUGGACUACUGUCACAGCAUGGGAAUCAUGCAUCGAGACGUCAAACCUCACAAUGUGAUGAUCGACCACCAGUUGAGAAAGCUACGCCUUAUAGACUGGGGUUUGGCAGAGUUCUACCACCCAUCCCAGGAAUACAAUGUCCGAGUUGCCUCUAGAUACUUCAAAGGCCCCGAGCUGCUGGUGGACUAUCAGAUGUAUGACUACAGUCUAGACAUGUGGAGUUUGGGCUGUAUGUUGGCCAGUAUGAUCUUUCAGAAGGAGCCUUUCUUCCAUGGACAAGAUAACUAUGAUCAGCUGGUGCGUAUUGCCAAAGUGCUAGGAACAGAUGAGCUUUUUGGUUACCUACGAAAAUACCACAUUGAACUGGACCCACGCUUCAAGGACCUGCUCGGACAACAGAGCAGGAAGCGAUGGGAACAGUUUGUGCAGACAGAGAACCAGCACCUGGUGAGCCCCGAGGCUCUGGAUCUGCUGGACAAGCUGCUACGAUACGACCAUCAACAAAGACUGACCGCCACUGAGGCCAUGGAGCAUCCAUACUUCUAUCCAGUGGUAAAGGAGCAAUCUCUUUCAAAUUCUGAGAACAACAUUGUUUCCAGUGGCAACACUACAGCUCGAUGAAACAUGGAAGAGGACAAGAAGUUCGUCUGUUACCUCAACUUUGUACCCAGUUGUGACAGUAACUUUGACAAGUGUACAGUGACAAUGGAACAAAUGGAUACACACUCCUUCACACACCUCAGUCUAAGCACAGACAUGUGAACACGCCCUCCUCCUCUGUAUCCGUCUGUGAUUGGCUUGUCCUGGUUCCCUGUCUACAAGUCUGACCAAUGAGCUCGAAGCUGCCCCUGUACCGAACGUCUUUUCCUUCAAUGGUUUUAUUCCAGCUCUGUCUCACGUAGGUCAACAAGGACUUUAAAGACAGUUCUUCUUUUCCUGGUCUCUCUGGUCAUCUUGGUUUGCAUCAGCAUGGAGAAUGAACAGGAGUGUGCGCCUAUAGCCCCUCCUCCUCUUGUACCCAACAGGCACACCGAUGUCUUAGCACUACUCCAGUUCAGAAAGUGGCAUGGUGGACUCUCUCUAGAUAGAAUGACAAUGAUAAUAAUAAUAUUAAUGAAAAUAAAUGAUUUUUAUUUAGAUGAAAA